GCGCUUGCGUGGAGAGAGCGGCCAACCGCGGCGCGUGCGCACUGCGCGCCUGCGAGAACGGGUCUGCAGGUUCCCAGCCGAGAUCUGGAUACCUGCGGCGGUUAGAGCUGCAACACGCCGGCGGGUGUGAAAGGGGUCAGAAGUCUUUCCGGCGGCGACCGGGCCUAGUUCAACGGCGGCCGAGGCAACAGUCGGAAGCCUGGCGCGGCAUGUCGUGGGUUCCGCGGGGCUGGCAGUGAACGUGUGGCGGGCGGGAUGGGCCGGCGCCGGGGUGUGGAGCUGUACCGGGCCCCGUUCCCGCUGUACGCGCUUCAAGUAGAUCCCAGCUCCGGGCUGCUCAUCGCUGCGGGCGGAGGAGGUGCCGCCAAGACAGGCAUAAAGAAUGGCGUGCACUUUCUGCAGCUAGAGCAAAUUAAUGGGUGCCUGAGUGCCUCCUUGCUGCACUCCCAUGACACAGAGACACGGGCCACCAUGAACUUGGCACUGGCUGGUGACAUCCUUGCUGCAGGACAGGAUGCCCACUGUCAGCUUCUGCGAUUCCAAGUCCAGCAACAGAAGGGUGGCAAGGCAGAGAAGGCAGGUUCCAAGGAGCAGGGACCUCGACAAAGAAAGGGGGCAGCUCCUGCAGAGAAGAAAUCAGAAGUUCAGCCAGAAGGGGUUGAACUCAAGGUAAAGAAUUUGGAGGCAGUACAGACAGACUUCAGCACUGAACCACUGCAGAAAGUUGUGUGUUUCAACCAUGAUAAUACCCUGCUUGCCACUGGAGGGACCGAUGGCCAUGUUCGUUUCUGGAAGGUACCCAGCCUGGAGAAAGUUCUGGAGUUCAAAGCCCAUGAAGGGGAGAUUGAAGAUUUGGCUUUGGGCCCUGAUGGCAAGUUGGUAACUGUGGGCUGGGACUUUAAAGCCUCCGUGUGGCAGAAGGAUCAACUAGUGGCACAGCUUCAGUGGCAAGAAAAUGGACCCACCUUUUCUAACACGCCUUACCGCUACCAGGCCUGCAGGUUUGGGCAGGUUCCAGACCAGCCUGGUGGGUUGCGACUCUUCACAGUGCAGAUCCCCCACAAGCGCCUGCGUCAGCCCCCACCCUGCUACCUCACAGCCUGGGACAGUUCUACUUUCUUGCCCCUGCGGACCAGAUCCUGUGGCCAUGAAGUCAUCUCCUGCCUCAGUGUCAGUGAAUCGGGUACCUUCCUAGGCCUGGGCACGGUCACUGGCUCUGUCGCCAUCUACAUAGCUUUCUCUUUCCAGCGCCUCUAUUAUGUGAGGGAGGCCCAUGGCAUUGUGGUGACAGAUGUGACCUUUCUACCUGAGAAGGGUCGUGGUCCAGAGCUUCUUGGGCCCCAUGAAACUGCCCUCCUUUCAGUGGCUGUGGACAGUCGUUGCCAGCUGCACCUGCUGCCCUCACGGCGGAGCGUUCCUGUGUGGCUGCUGCUCCUGCUAUGUGUUGGGCUUAUUGUUGUGACCAUCCUGCUGCUCCAGAGUGCCUUUCCGGGUUUUCUUUAGCUUCCUUGACCAAUGGGAAUUGGGCCUGGAGACUGCCACUUUCCAGAGCACAGUUCAUUGUGGUCCACAGCUGAGGCUGCUUCCAAUCAAACAGAUGGGCACUGGUUGAUCCUUCUCAGUUAGUUAACUUGGCUCUAUGUGACUCUGGGUCCUAGGAGCCCUGCAUUCAUCACCUGUAGAUCCACCCAGAACAAUGGUGUCUGAAGCCCAGGCCACACUACCUGCUUCCUUCCCUCCAUCUCCCAGAGUUGAGCCCCUUGUCCUCCAGGAACAUGUGAAGAUGUCCAAGAGCCUGGAGGCACUGCCAUCCUCACGGAAACUUAGUUUCUCUUCCUCCCUCAAUGCCUUCACAUGAGGCCCCUGACUUCUGCUGGGACAAAGAUUGGCCUGGCACUUGCUGUUAGGGCAGGAAGAGGCAAAAAGAAGACUCGGGUAGUAGUAUCUGUGGGCUCAGGUGGGUAGCAGUAAGCCAACCUGGCCAAAUACACAGCUCCUGGAUGGUCUACUCCAGCCUGAGGAAAGGGAAAACAAAACCUCAGCCCAUUAGGAAGGAAGAGCUGGUAUUUAAUAAAGAUUGAACUGAGA